GUUUGGUCGACAAACUUGUUGUGGUGAAUAGAAAAAAAGUUCGUGUAUAUUUACAUUCCAAUGCCACUGGACAGAUGUAUCCGAAUGCUCCUACCUUACCCGGUUUGAGUUAUUAUUUUAGCAUUGGAUCAGUUGAGGCAUUUGAACGUAAAUUAGAAGAUGCUCAAAGUGAGUUGGGAAUCCCAUCAAAUGAGCGUAUACCUGUAGCGUAUCGCGACGAGAUCAAUUUGAUGAGUACAUUAUUACAUUUCGCACCAACACUUCUCUUGGCGGGAGCCUUAUUUUAUAUCACAAGACGUGCAGGUAGCGCUGCAGGGUCCCAAGGUAUUUUUGGUAUUGGAAAAUCAAAAGCAAAGUUAUUCAAUCAAGAGACUGAAGUCAAAGUUAAAUUCAAGGACGUUGCAGGAAUGGAUGAAGCUAAAGAGGAGAUCAUGGAAUUUGUCAAAUUUUUGAAGGAUCCUACAGCUUAUGAGAGGUUGGGUGCUAAAAUUCCAAAAGGAGCCAUUUUAAGUGGACCUCCAGGUACUGGUAAAACCUUACUUGCGAAGGCCACCGCAGGAGAAGCUGGUGUUCCUUUUUUGAGCGUGUCAGGUUCAGAAUUUGUUGAAAUGUUUGUUGGUGUGGGACCAUCUCGAGUACGUGAUUUAUUUGCCAAUGCUAAAAAACACGCGCCAUGUAUAAUUUUUGUCGACGAAAUUGAUGCCAUAGGAAAAUCACGGGGAAAAAUAGGACAAUUUGGAGGAAAUGACGAAAGGGAGAGCACACUAAAUCAAUUACUUGUAGAAAUGGAUGGAUUUAGUACAAGUGAACAUGUCGUCGUGUUAGCAGGCACAAAUAGACCUGAUGUAUUAGAUCCAGCAUUGAUGCGUCCGGGACGUUUUGAUCGUCAUAUUGCAAUUGAUCGACCUGAUAUCAAAGGAAGAUGUGAAAUUUUCAAGGUACAUUUAAAACCAAUCAAAACAAAAGAGGAUAUUGAACGUCUAUCAAAUAAAUUAGCCGCAUUGACGCCAGGAUUUUCAGGGGCAGACAUAGCUAAUGUUUGUAACGAGGCGGCACUGAUCGCAGCGCGUUAUCGUAAGGACUGGGUGUCUGAAGAACAUUUUGAACAAGCUAUUGAACGUGUAAUAGCAGGUUUGGAGAAAAAGUCUCGAGUACUUUCUCCAGAGGAAAAGAAAACCGUAGCAUAUCAUGAGGCAGGGCACGCUGUUGCGGGAUGGUACCUUGAACACGCAGAUCCUUUGCUAAAAGUAUCAAUCAUUCCCCGAGGUAUCGGAGCACUUGGAUAUGCACAAUACCUGCCAAAAGACCAGUAUUUAUAUUCAACAGCACAAUUGCUAGAUCGUAUGUGUAUGACGUUGGGUGGACGAGUUUCAGAACAGAUCUUUUUUAAUAUAGCUACUACCGGUGCUCAAGAUGAUUUGCAAAAAGUCACAAAGAUGGCAUAUGCGCAAGUAUCGGUUUACGGCAUGAACUCUAAUAUAGGCCCUUUAUCUUUCCAUAACCCAAAUGAAGCUGAACCACAAUUUCAGAAACCAUAUUCUGAAGAGACAGCCAAAAUGAUUGAUGAAGAAGUUCGUAAAUUAGUAUCAUUAGCUUAUGAAAGAACAUUGGAACUAUUAACAGAAAAAAAGAAAGAUGUUGAGAAGGUAGCGCAACUUUUAUUAUCAAAAGAAGUACUAAAUAGAGAAGAUAUGAUUUCAUUAUUGGGAAAAAGACCAUUCGUAGAAAAGAAUCCAUAUGAUGAUUAUGCAAAGGAAGAAAACAAAGAAAACACAGAAUUACCACCACCAGCAGAGAAAGGAGGUCACGCACAGCCAUCACCGUGA